CCAUCAGGCCCUGCAGCCGACGGAUGGGACAGCCGGAGCUGGGAGUGUGAAAUUAACUAAUCUCCUGACAGGAAACCCAGCAGGAGCAGCUGUCAGACUGGAACCAACCUGGAAAUGAAGCAGCAGUGAAGAACCAUGACUGGCUUCCAAACUAGCUGUGAUGUCAUGCAUCCCGCUGGCAGUUGUGGCGUUCAGCGUCGCUUACAACCAGAACAAGCAGCUGAUAGGCGAGCACGGCCUGAUGCCCUGUAAGAACUACCUCAACAGUGUCAAACGUUAUGUAGGAGGGAAGAUAGGCAUGGCUGCCUUAGCGUACACCCCCUCCGUCCUCUGGUUCAUGAGCUGGAGCGACAUGGAUGCCAACUUGGAUGGGAUUGCCCUGGUGGGGAUGGCGCUGUCGGGGUUUGUCCUGCUGACGGGAAUGGCCAAUAUGAUCAUCAUGGUCACUCUGUGGGUGCUCUACCACUCCCUGGUCAACGUGGGACAGCUGUGGUACUCCUUCGGUUGGGAGAGCCAGCUGUUGGAGACGGGCUUUCUGGCUAUUUUCUUGUGUCCGGUGUGGAGUCUGUCUCAGGUCCCCCGUCGCUGUCCGCCCUCCCUCGUCUGCAUCUGGACCUUCAGGUGGCUCAUUGUUCGCAUCAUGCUGGGAGCUGGUCUUAUUAAAAUCAGAGGCGACAAAUGCUGGAGAGACCUCACCUGCAUGGACUACCAUUACGAGACCCAGCCAGUUCCCAACCCCAUGUCCUACUACAUGCAUCGCUCUCCCUGGUGGUUCCAUCGCUUCGAGACAUUGUCCAACCACUUCAUCGAGCUCAUUGUCCCGUUCUUCACCUUCCUGGGCAGGCGGAUGUGCAUCGUGAAUGGAGCGAUCCAGAUCCUUUUCCAGGUGGUUUUAAUAGUGAGUGGGAACCUGAGUUUUCUGAACUGGCUGACCAUUGUUCCCAGUUUGGCCUGCUUUGAUGAUGCAUCACUGGGCUUCCUGUUUCGCUCCGGAUCAGGAGCCAAGAAGACGGUGCUGGAGAUACAGAAUGAGGAUGCAGCUGGUCGCACUGUAAAACCUAACAGAGGUAUGUUGAUUCGUCGGGUGGUGAACAUUUCUGUGGGCGUUCUGAUCGGCUUCCUGAGCGUCCCCGUGGUGAUGAACCUGCUGAGCUCCAGGCAGGUGAUGAACACCUCCUUCGACCCGCUGCGCAUCGUCAACACCUACGGGGCCUUCGGCAGCAUCACUAAGGAGCGUACCGAGGUGAUUUUCCAGGGCACCCUGAGCCCAGAUCCCAAAGACCCCGAGGCUGUCUGGGAGGAGUAUCAGUUCCUGUGUAAACCAGGAGACAUUUACCGACGACCGUGCCUCAUAUCGCCGUACCACUACCGGCUGGACUGGCUCAUGUGGUUCGCAGCCUUCCAGACCUAUGAGCAGAGUGAGUGGGUGAUCCACAUCGCGGGACGUCUGCUGUCCAACGACAGCUCCGUCCUCUCGCUGCUUGACCACAACCCCUUCCACGGCAGGGACCCACCCAGGUGGGUUCGAGGAGAACAUUUCAGAUACAAGUUCAGCCAGCCGGGCAGCGCCAACGCUGCACAGGGUAAGUGGUGGAUAAGAAAACGUAUCGGACUCUACUUUCCUGCUGUGGACCUGGAAGGACUCAGGGGCUACUUCCAGUCCAGGAACUGGCCUCAUCCUCACAUACCAACACACAGGAGCUAAACUCACGUCCUCUGACGUGACAUCAGACUGCAGUGCCAAGAGGAAACCAGAGGAAAGCAGGAGUGGCUUAAAACAGACCAUUAAAAGGUCAGUUUCUGUGCUGGAGUUUAACACCACGGAUGAAAUAUUACAUCAUGAAGAUCUGCUUGAUACGUUUUUUUUCCCCAAACAAUGUGAUGGUUUAAGGUUUCAGUCAGAGACGUAUCUUCAGUGGUCCUCGAUAAGGUGCUUGUUUCCUGACCUUUGUAUCUUAUAAAACAGUAACUGCCAAAUUUUGAACAUUUCUAUAUUAAAAGAAACAUCUCUUGAACUGGACGCAGCAGUGA